CAAAAAACGUUUUGUAUUUUUUAAACUGAAAAAUGGAUACAGGAUAAAAUAAGUAGCCACCCACUCAUUGUCUGAUUUCCCACCAGUCCUUGCUCUUAUUCUCAUAACUGACCAGCACAGCAUUAUUUAGUUUAACAUAACAGUUUAUUUAUAAACAGGCACAUUUCUAGCCAUGUCACUGCGUCUUACCCUGGGGCCAUACCCUUGCUAGAUGAAAAAGACACAGUGAUUAUGUAGCUAGUCCCUUGCGUUCGAAAGCUUCACUGUUGAAAGAAUCAUCAAAAGGCCGACUGCUCAAUUGGGUCAUGGCUCUCAGGAGCCGAGAGUUCAAAAAUCCCUGUCCAGAAUCGACAAGUUUGUCACUGAAUCUGUGAGAAAGGGACUGUCACAAGCCAUUAAACCCUAUGAAAGGCCCAGUGCACCAGCGAUGGGUUCAGGUCCCCACUGCCUGGUUAAUCUGAAUUUUCCUGCCUUUGUUCUUGCUUCUUCAUGGACAAUGAGCUGAUUACAAGGCUGAGCAGCUGCGGCGAGGGAAGUAGAGAGGGAAAAGCGAGGGCAUGGAGAGGGGGAGCAGACAGGGAGAAGAAGGGCAGAUAGACAUGUGACAGCAUGUAUGGCUCAAGCAAGACCAAGGGUCAAGUGACAGACACUAAUCGAAGACUACAAGAUGCUGGGAGGGAGGUGACAGCGCAGACACAGGAGGUGAUUUGCUGUCGAAUCCAACAGAGGAACAUGGCCACUACUGUUGAGAAGCUCCAGCUCUGUAUACCAGUACUAGAGAUGUACAGCAAACUGAAAGAGCAGCUGGAAACCAAAAGAUACUAUGCUGCACUAAAAACCAUGGAGCAGCUAGAGAAGGUCUACAUUCCCAGGGUCAGCAAAUACAGAUUCUGUCAAAUCAUGGCAGAAAAUCUACCCAGGCUGAGAGAAGAGAUCAAGGAGAUCUCUAUGUCAGACCUCAAGGACUUCCUGGAGAGCAUCAGAAAACACUCCGACAAGGUUGGAGAGGCUGCCAUGAGACAGGCACAGCAGCACAGGACCUUUAACAGUGCUAUAGCGAAGCAGGUCAGUUUGGGCCACUACACCAAGCCUGUGUACUCCCUCAAUGGACGAACACACACUCACAACGGCCUGAUGUUUGACGAGGAUAUAGGAGAUGAAGAUGACACAGAUGAAGAGGUUCUUACCGCUCAGGACCUGGUGGACUUCUCACCUGUCUACAGAUGUUUACACAUUUACACAGUGCUGGGUGACCGAGAAACAUUUGAGAACUACUACAGGAAACAGAGGAAAAAACAGGCCAGACUAGUGCUGCAGCCACAGGCUAAUAUGCAUGAGACUGUCGAGGGAUACAGGAGAUAUUUCAACCAGAUCGUAGGGUUCUUUGUUGUGGAGGACCAUAUCCUCCAUUCCACACAAGGGCUGGUGACCAGAGCUUUCACUGAUGAACUGUGGAACAUGGCCCUGUCGAAAAUCAUCGCUGUUCUCCGCACACAUUCUUCGUAUUGUGAUGACCCAGAUCUGGUGCUGGAGCUGAAGAACCUGAUAGUCAUCUUUGCUGACACACUACAGGAUUAUGGUUUCACCGUGAACCGCCUGUUUGACCUGCUUUUUGAGGUCAGAGACCAGUACAAUGAAACCUUGCUGAAGAAGUGGGCUCUAGUUUUCAGGGAGAUCUUUGAGUUGGAUAACUAUAGUCCGAUCCCAGUUGAGACAGAAGAGGAGUACAAACUGGUUGUCAGUCGCUUUCCCUUCCAUGAUGCAGAAAUAGAGAAGCAGGAAUUUCCAAAGAAGCUGCCGAUGUCCCAGUCUGUCCCUCAGAUCUACACACAGGUCAAAGAGUUAAUUUACGCCAGCCUCAAGUUCUCAGAGUCACUACACCGCAGUUCAACAGAGAUUGAUGACAUGUUGAGGAAAUCAACCAACUUGCUUCUGACGAGAACACUCAGCAGUUGUCUGCAAAACCUCAUUAAGAAGCCUCACACAGGACUGACAGAGCUGGUGCAAAUCAUCAUUAACACCACCCACCUGGAGCAGGCCUGCAGGUAUCUGGAGGAAUUCAUAACAAACAUCACCAAUGUCUCCCCUGAAACAGUACACACCACAAGACUCUACGGCUUAUCCACAUUCAAGGAUGCUCGUCAUGCUGCAGAGGGAGAAAUUUACACCAAACUCAACCAGAAGAUUGAUGAGUUUAUCCAGCUUGCAGACUAUGAAUGGGGCAUGGCUGAGUCAGAUGGUCGUGCCUCUGGAUACCUCAUGGACCUGAUCAACUUCCUGCGUUCCACCUUCCAAGUUUUCACACACCUCCCGAAUAACAACAAUGACCAUGCUUCAAUGUCGGGUAAAGUGGCACAGACAGCUUGUAUGUCAGCCUGUAAACAUCUGUCCACAUCACUGAUGCAAAUGCUGCUGGAUACAGAACUCAAACAGAUCAGUAUGGGAGCCAUUCAGCAAUUCAACCUGGAUGUCAUUCAGUGUGAAUUGUUUGCAAGUUCAGAGCCCGUCCCUGGUUUCCAAGGAGACACACUCCAGCUGGCCUUCAUCGACCUACGACAGCUCCUGGAUCUGUUCAUGGUGUGGGACUGGUCAACCUAUUUGGCAGAUUAUGGUCAGCCAACGUGCAAAUACCUGAGAGUGAAUCCAGCCACUGCCUUGGCUCUACUUGAGAAAGUCUACAGGGGGAUGAAGGACACCAGUAAGAAGAACAACAUUUUCUCUCAGUUCAGGAAGAAUGACAGAGACAAACAGAAGCUGAUAGAGACUGUGGUCAAACAGCUGAGGAGCCUGGUCAACGGCAUGUCCUCCUAAACACAUACACACAUACACACACACAGACGGGAGUGAUGUGGGUGUCGCACAGAGAUAGAAUGAAUAAAACAUGCAUGCAGCCACACACACACACACACACACGCACACAUUGAGCUGCCAAGACGCAGAAGGAUACCGAUAACACAAUAUGACAGUAACCUGCAGAUGAACCACAAAAUGAGUUCACACAUACACACAACGAGACACACAAGGUGUGUAGAGACAGAGCGAACACACACACACACACACCUCGUAACAGCACAGCAAUACACACAUUGUACAAGGCAUGCAGGGAACUGUUUCCAAGCAAAUACAGUAGACACACGAUCUGUAUGAUGAAGUCAUAUCCUCUUACUGUUAUAGCAGACUGAAUAUUUAAUGUAAAUAAUACACACACACACACACACACACACACACACACACACACCCUUAACAAUUUAUUGGACUGAACAGUAAACAUGUUUGUCAAGUAUUUUUAAUGGCUAUGAUGAGACAAACUAUGUUGUACGUUUGUGAUGAUUGUAGCUGCAGAUAGAGACUGGUUCAGCACAGGACGUGGCACUUAGACGUUCUGGCAGAGUAAGAGUUAAGGUCAACACUUAACUGCCCCUCACCUGAAUGGGAAGACCCAUCUCCCACUGUCCUGUCAGAAAACUCUUUACUCAAAUUUGUGCUGUAAAUGAAGUUACAGCACCUUCUGUCCAAAGUUAAGCUAAAUGUCCCAAUACUUCAAGUCAUGUUAGUGUGCGUGCGUGUGUGUGUGUGUGUGUGUGUGAGAGAGAUGCUGAAGUCCAACUGUUGACUGAUGGAAGAGCAAAAGAGUGGAUGAUGACGUCUUGAAAGACUGAUGUUCAUGAAAAAGCGUGAAGUUUUGUUCUACCCUUGGGUAGCUUUGCUUUAAUGUUGGUUCUCUUUUCCCGUUUGUGUUUCUUUUCCUUCGCCGUAUAUUUAACCCUCGAGCCCUUAGACAGUGUCUCACAGAGACUGAGCGUGGAUGAAGUCACGAUGAGUCAGUGACGCUCAGAUUGUGGUUGGAACCUCCACAUGUUCACUGCAUGUGAGAAUGUCAACUAUAUCUUCCAAUGUUUGUGGACAGGUUGGAUAAUAUAACAUGUAGUGGGAUGCAUAACAAUACCACACAAACUAAUGCAGGCGUAUCAUUGCAGGUUGUUGCACUCGAUUUUAACAGGUGGACACAUCUGGGUUUAUACAGCAGAAACUACAAUGAUAUUAGAUUUCGGGUUUGCACGUGAUGUCAUCAUGAGGAAUUUGCCUUGAUUAGAAUUAAUCAAUUUUUGAUCUUUAUUACACACCAGUAGGGAACAUACACAAACCAGGUGCAGGAGCAGUGGGCAGCACUUACAGUAUCUGCGCCCAGGGAGCAUUGGGGAUUUGAAUGCCAGGAUUUGAACUGCAAACCCUCUGGGUACAAGACAAGUCCAAUUCCUUUCCUCAUCGCCACAGGCCGAGCACAGGAUAUUGAUGUACAGUGGGCGCCAAACGUCUCCUGGGGUGUUCUCUGACUUUUGGAGCACACUUACGUAAGAGCAAACAGAGCAGCGAGGCCUUAGCCUUAUCAUUAAUUUCCAUCUGACAGCACACAGCUGCUAUUAUUGACCUGAACUGUGCAAAAAAUUUGUAGUCCACCACUAGAUUUGUUGUUUUAGCAACGUGGAAUGACCAAAAGUGAUGACCAAGCAUUUUUUCAUAAGAAAGAAAAACUGUGUCACAUAUUUAGUGUGACCUAUCCUCUAACUUGAACAAUAACAUGACCCAGGUGUCCUUAAACCUGAAGUGGAACCUUAAUUAAUGUUACUGGUAAAAAAACCAAAAAACACCUCUAUCUGAUUGAAGGUUCAGUCACGUCAUUCCACACCAAAUACCAAUGAUCACAGAAUUUGACCGGCAUAAAAACAACAACAGUACAAUAUAAUGUAUAUAAUGACGGGUGUUUAGGAGUCAGGCACCUUGUAAUCAUAAGUGAAUUUAAAGGCUUCACAGAUAAUAAAGAAAUAAUAAUACAGUAUUCUUACAGUAAUACCAUGUUAUUUCCAAAGUAUUAUCAAGGUCUUAGCCUGGUCUUUAUGCUGACUGCUGUUUGGCACAAAGCUAAAGUAGAUACCAUACAGCAGCUUCUCAUCAGGACACUGAAGUGACAUAAAACAAGGCAGCCCUAGUUUUAAGCAGCUUCUCCAGCGUCUGCGAUCGCCUUCUGAAACCGGAGUGUCCGGCUCCAAAAGUUGGACUGCACGUGUGAAACCGCAGCAGCCACGAGCGUUCACACCCACUCCAGUGUAAACAAAGUUACACCUGCUGUUUUUGCGUCUGUCCUGGAUUUCUGUGUACCGGCGAACAGCCAGAUAUACUGCUGCUGCGCAUGUAAACAUGACGAGUGGACAAGUAUUUCUCACAGUAGCAGACGUGUUCACACCUGCAGUUUGGAGCAUGCGACCCUCACAUAGUGCAGGGAAUGUAGUCCACACAGACACUCGAUGACAUGUAAAAUAUGACUCUAACCUACCUUAUUCCUGUCCUCUCACAUACUAUUGACAUUAGGCGUAAUCUUAUACAGUAGUCCUGUUUUUGUCGAUAUUAAUUCUACAGCUUCAGCUUCAUCAAAAAAUGUCAAAUGUGAUCACACGUUAGUGGACAGGUCAAUGGUGAGGCUGCUUUCCCGUGCAUGACGACAUCACUGCAAACCCUCGUCCUCCCUCUGUAAUCGACUGAAGGACCUGUUUGUGUGACGUUAACUGCAGUCCACCCAACGUUGAUUCACACUUACUUAACAGCAGAUUAUUUUCUUUUUGUUCCUCAGGGGAAAAAAAACAAAACAAAACAAGAAGCUUUAGAAUUAUAUAACCCACAUCCACAAAGCACAGCAAUAAUAAUUGGUUCCAUUACAGCCUCACAGGCUUGUCAGUUCUAUUCUUAAAACGUGCACAGGGACUCCUGUUGAAAACAUUUUAUAAUGAGACUGUUUCUUUUCUGUUUAUGUUUUUGCGUCUUUGCUCUAUUUUAGGAGGCAUUUUUGCACUGAAGCUUCUGAAGAUAUGUUCUUUUUUUUUGUUGCCCUUUUUCAAGUGUUGCUUGUAAAUGCCACUGUACAUACUGCAUAUUUUGUAAAGAAAAUAUCACAGCAGUUUUCCUGCUACCGACUGAACUGGAGGUGUGAUCGUGUGAUGUGCGCCUCCGUCGACACCUGAAGUAAAUAUGUAAUUAGCAAGAGUCUGAGAUUUGCGUUUGUUGCGUACUUGGUGAACACAGUCGAGUGCAGUGUGAGGAGCUCAGUGACUCGUGCUGGUACCUUCUCUCCACUCAUUCACAUGGGUAAGAUACUGUACAACCAUGACUCGUUAUGUUCUAACAGAAGUACACAACUGUCGAGUUCUCCCGGUUAGAGAACUGUGAUGUUCCCGCAGGUGCUUCUAUCCACUGUACCAUAAAUUCUCAAAAUUUAGAAGAAUUCAUGGCCAAGUAGAACUCGUCCAAACAAAUACUGUAUAACUGUAAUACCUUUUACUCCGCUUAAUAUACAGUGUAUGUGUAGUUCCCUCAUAACAACAGUCAUGUCAUACUCACCAUUCUGUUCAUAAGCUUCUGUAAUGGCAACUGGAGAUGGCUGCUUAUGCAUAUACUUGAGAAUUUCCGACUAGGAUAUCAGUGCAAUAUAGUCUUUUAUUUCUUUUAAACAACUUUACUCUUAAUAUGCCAUGUUUGCUGAAUCGUUUACCAUCCAUUUCAAAAACAUAAUGCACUGUGUGACAGACCGCAUGUCGCUUGUGUUUAUUUAGGAUUUACAGAUUUUAACCUUUUUUUUUUGUUUUUCUUUUUCUUUUUAUGAUAUCAGAUCCAGUGAUUUGGAAUGCUGUGUGUAUGCAGGCAGGUGUUGAAAACAGAAUGUGCAGCAGAGUGAGUGAGUGUGGCAAAACUCUUGUAUUGCCGGAAUGUACAUUAAACUGAUCGCACACAAUAAAAACACCCCGUCUCCUAGAAAUAGUAUCUGCUGCUGUUUACCAGAGGGCAGAACUAAGACCUGCAGACCUCGAGUGUGGAAACUAUUGAAUGUGAAACCAAACUCAACCAAAAAAAAAAGAAUAAUUUAACAGAAAAUAAUCUGGUAUUUAACUGGAUACAUACAUUACACUCCUUGACAGAAUGUCCUUGUUAUGUUAACAGAAGUAUGGUCUACAUUACAUUACAUGUCGUUCUCCACAGUUUAGGGGAAAAAGUAAUAUUAUUUAAUGUAUACUGUUUAAAAGAAUAAUAAUAUAUAUUGUGUCACAUAAUCUCAUGCUCUCUUAAUUUGAGCCUUUUCUAGUAUAAUGGCACAAACCAAGAUUUAAAAGAAGAAUCAACUUUUCACACGACAUGAGACAGUUGUUCUUGCCUCCCACAGACGUGGAGAGAGGGUACCUGUGGACAGCUUUACCUAUGUAGACGUUCUCAGUUAGAAACGCCCCCGACUGAGAUGUUGUUUUCUUACAUUUGUUGUUUUUAUUUUGUGUGCUGUAAUAAAAAUGUAAUCAGCA